GAAACGGAAAGUGGAAAACUGAUCGGUGAAUGUUUGUUUAGACAAAAAUUAUCCAAGUUUUAAAUUGGUUUUUGUAAUUUAAUUUGACUUGUGUUACUUUAAUUAAUUAAACAAUGGCUAGAUAUUCAACUGACCCAGACAAUCCUACUAAAUCAUGUAAAGCAAGAGGAUCUAAUUUAAGGGUUCACUUCAAGAACACCAGAGAAACUGCUGCUGUUUUAAGGAAAAUGCCUUUACGAAGAGCUCAACGAUUCCUUAAGAAUGUCAUCGUCAAGAAGGAAAUUGUCCCAUUCCGUCGUUUCAAUGGUGCUGUUGGAAGACAUGCUCAGGCUAAGGCAUGGGGAGCUGUUCAAGGUAGAUGGCCUAAGAAAUCAGCUGAAUUUUUGUUGCAACUUCUUCGUAAUGCUGAAAGUAAUGCUGAUCUUAAAGGUUUAGAUGGCGACAAAUUGGUUAUUGAACAUAUUCAAGUUAACAGAGCUCCAAAAAUGAGGAGAAGGACAUACCGUGCUCACGGUAGAAUCAAUCCUUACAUGAGCAGCCCUUGUCACAUUGAGGUAAUUCUUUCUGAAAAAGAGGAAGUAGUCGCUAAACCAGCUGGUGGCGAAGAAGCUCCCAAGAAGAAAGUAUCCAAGAAAAAGUUGGCUCGUCAAAAAUUGAUGAACCGAGAAUAGACCAACAAGUUUGUUUAAAUAUUUAAAAACAAUAAAUGUUCAUCAACAGUAAA